UCAAAUUGAACAUAUUUAAUUUUCACAUUUUGUUUACCACAAAUAAACAUGAUGCAUAUCAGGCAUGUGACGUUUCUGUUCCUGGUAUUUAUCUUGAAAGAAGUGGUAUGCAAACUGAAGGCUGCAGAUGUCCAACUCUCAAGAACUGCUACAGUGAAAGGGUCUCUUUCCUAUCUCGACUGGAACCCACGGCCAGUUUUUGUCUUCAAAGGAAUCCCAUAUGGCAAACCUCCUUUGGGAGAGCUUAGGUUUCGGCCCCCCAGAUCAUUUGGUCUUUGGAAGGGACGCAGGGAUGCAUUGAAAUACGGAGAUAGAUGCCACCAGAAACGCGACUACAAGUACAUGUCAGAAGACUGCCUUUUCCUAAACAUCCAUUCUCCUAACCUUAACCCCACUAACAAACUUGCUGUCAUCGUUAACAUACACGGCGGUGGACUCACAAAAGGCUCAGGAAACAGAGGUGCCACUGCGUUGUGCUUGAUGAACAAUGUGCUUUUUGUGACGAUGAACUACAGGUUAGGACCUCUAGGAUUCUUCACAACUGGUGAUGACAACGCUCCUGGAAAUGUGGGACUUCUCGAUCAGCAGAUGGCCAUACGUUGGGUUAAAAGGUAUAUCAGCAAGUUCGGAGGUGAUCCCAACAGAAUCACAAUCAUGGGAGAUAGUGGAGGUGGUGUAAGUGUAUCUACCCAGGUCCUAUCCCCCACCAAUGCAGGGCUGUUCCAGCGUGUAAUUUCUAAUAGCGGAGUCGCAACUGCCCCUGGAAGAGUUAACACACGUCAUGAUGAAGUGAACAAGAGUUCCAAAGUGGCUGCGGCAGUAGGGUGCUCACAGCUAACCAAAUCAGCGUCGAUGCGAUGUUUGCGAAAUGUUGAUCCGGGUAGGUUGACUUCACAUGGUGCCUCUGUGGAACCUCUUUACCCAUAUGUGGACGGGACAUUCCUGACAGAUCUACCCUUCAAUGCAUACAACACCGGUAAAUUCAACCGCAUCGAGUACCUCCUUGGGUUCAAUAGAGAUGAAGGGGUCUACUUCUUCAACGGACUGACGCCUAACAAGAACAACAUUAAAAGCCUUAUAACAUCGUACACAAAACGUUUUUAUCCAAAGAAUACAAAGGCGAUAGUCGAUGAGAUUAUGUCUGUAUAUGUGCGCAAUAAAGGCCUUACGACGGAUGCUGACUAUGCGAAGGCUUAUUCCAACUUUGUUGGUGACCUAAGAUAUAUCGGUCCCACCAAUGACGUUGCCAGGAAACAUUCAGUAUACAAUCGAGUGUACAUGUUCUUCUUCAACCAUCGUCCUGCGUAUUCUUCCUAUCCGGCGUGGGUGUCAGCAACACACAGUGACCAAAAGUCUUACAUAAUGGAGUUCCCGUUCAGUAAGCCAAAUGGCGGGUUUAGUUCAGCUGGAAAGUCUCUUAGUCGACAUAUCAUGAAGUACUACACAAACUUUGCGAAAACGGGUAACCCAAAUGGUUCUGGUCUACCGGUAUGGCCAAGAUUGACAUGUACAAACGGAGAGUAUAUGCAACUCGUGUAUGGUCCAAAGCCUGGGGAGAGAUACCAACCAAAGAGGAUGGAAUUAUGGACUGAAACAAUCCCUCGUCUUGACACACAUAGGCUGCCGAAUUAUAAAGGAUUCCCGUGGACAUGUCCUAGAGCUACAGGCCUACUCUAGUGUAUGACCAAACAAAGUAUAGGCUGAAAGUGUGUAAUAUCAUAGACGUUUCUGGGAAUCAAUAUAACCAUAUUCAAUUUCUCUAGAUAGCAUCUAUCCGAUGUUUUACUAUUGUUUUCUAUUCCAGUGUACUAGUGUAUGCACAACACGUCCCUUUAAUCACCAUCACUGGUCUUUCAUCUCGGUUGAGUUAUCUUUUGGUCUUCCUCGAAUAGUAGAAUAGGCAUUGAGAUAAUGAUGUUUUGAACUCAUGAAAAGAUGGCAGUCUGGUUGAUCAGAAUCAGUCUGAGAAUGAUCACGUGAAAUACAUUCUCCUCGAAAGGUAGAAUGGUCAUUGAGAUAAUGAUGUU